AUGUCAAAAAAAAAAACAGUGAAAAGCUGGCGAUUUCGCGAGAGAAUUGCUUCCUGUCCCACUGGUAAUUUUGCUGGAGAUCGCACUGACGGUCUUUUUAAAGGUCUCGCUGGAGGUCACGCUAGAAAUCUUGCUGACGGUCUCGCUGGAGAUCACGCUGAUAGUUUUUCUAGAGGUCUCGCUGUCGGUCUCACUGGAGAUCUCGCUGGUCAUCACGCUGACGAUCUUUCUGGAGGUCUCGUUGGAGAUCAAGCUGACGAUUUUUUUGGAGGUAUCGCUGGAGAUCACGCUGACGAUCUUUUUGGAGAUCUCGCUGGUCAUCACGCUGACGAUCUUUCUGGAGGUCUCAUUGGAGAUCAAGCUGACGAUCUUUCUGGAGGUCUCGCUGAUAGUCUCACUGUCGGUCUCGUUGGAGGUAGUUUCGCUGGAAGUUUUGCUGAUGGUAUUGCUGCUGGUCUCGCUGAUAAUUUUGCUAGCGAUCAUGGUGAUGAUAUGGCUGGAGGUCUCGCUGGAGAUCACGCUAACGUUCUUUUUGGAGGUCUCGCUGGAGAUUGUGCUGAUGGUAUUGCUGCCGAUCCCACUGGUGAUUUUGCUGGCGAUCGCGCUGAUGGUCUCGCUAGUCAGCUUGCUGAUACUAUUGCUGAUGGUUUUGCAGGAUAUCAUGCUGGUGGUUUUGCUGGAAGUUACGUUGGAAGAAAAUUUGGAGUGCGAAUUUCAUUAUGCAAUUUUGUACCGUUCUCUCAGGAGAAAACAUUAUGA